AUGCCGUCGCGCCCUGCGUGCACGCUCGACAACCGCGCGAUCGAGGUGGGUCUCCAGCUUCGGACGCUCUGCCCGCCGCGCACAGGCGUAUGCACAUGGUGCACGACGCCCAGCAUCACGCCCUUCCACGGCGAGGUGUGCCCCGGGCGCCAACGGGUGCAGCAGAUCAAGCGCCACGACUACCUUCGUGACCUACUCGCUCGCACAUUCCAGCGCCGCCCUGGGACCACAGUCAGGGUCGAGCAGGGAUGGGACACCGACGAGCCGGACCGCCGCCGCUUCGACAUUGAAGUGCGCAGCCACUACGACGAGUCGCCCAUCACGCACAUCGACCUGACCGUCGUGGAGGUCGUCCACGCCGCCGAGGUCGCCGCUGGACGACAGGCCCCACCCGUUCUCGUCCCGCGCUUCGACGAGGGCCAGGCCGUGCCUUCGCACCACUGGGAGGCACACCCUGCGUAUGCUGUCUAA